AUGGCACGAAUUGGACCCAUCGAUGAUUUACUUCGGAAUCGGGGCCCAUACACUUCGAAAGAGGUUCCAGAUGACUUCACUCUUGAUGAUUACAAGCUGGGUCUCAAUGGGAAGGUGUUAGUUGUCGGAGCUGGAGGACUCGGUUGCGAGAUCAUCAAGAACUUGGCUAUGUGUGGAUUCAAAUCCAUCGACGUGAUAGACAUGGACACAAUCGAUAUCUCCAACUUAAAUCGUCAAUUCUUGUUUCGGGACGAGGACAUUGGGAAGUCGAAGGCUGAAGUCGCAUGCGUUGCCGUAGCUAAAGUCGUGAAUGCAAAAAUUGGACCAAUUAACCGCCUGGCUGAAGUUGAGAAUGAAGAAGAUGGGGCAGUUUUAACCCCCCAUUUUUGUACAAUUCAAGGGAUGCCGAUAGAGUGGUACCAGCUGUUUGACUUGGUUAUCUGUGGCCUAGACAGUGUUGAGGCACGAAGAUGGAUGAACGCUACAUUACAUGCAUUCCUCCCUGAACGCAUUAUUCCCAUGAUCGAUGGCGGCACUGAAGGGUUUCGUGGUCAAGCAAGAGUCAUUAUUCCCGGGCAUUCUCUGUGCUAUGAGUGUACAUUAUUCACAGUCGCUCCGAAGGUAACAUAUCCUGUUUGUACCAUUGCGAAUACCCCUCGUCUUCCUGAACAUUGCAUAGAGUGGGCAUCUCAACUAGCAUGGCCUAGGCACUUUCCAGAUAGAUCAUUUGAUGGUGAUGAUCCCGAGGAUGUUGACUGGAUGUUUGAAACAGCAAAAAAAAGGGCAGAGCUGUUUGGUAUAUCGGGAGUGACCCGGCAGCUAACGCUUGGUGUUGUCAAGAACAUCAUUCCAGCUAUUGCUCUGACAAAUGCAAUCAUUGCUGCUCUGUGUUGUAACGAAGCUUUCAAGCUUAUGACGAACUCAAAUCCUUUACUUGAUAACUACAUGAUGUACUCUGGAGAUCAAGGGAUCUAUACCUACACGUUUGCCACUAGCAAAACCAAAGACUGCGCUGUUUGUGGCAAUCAAGCAAAACAACUUAAAGUGCCGCGAGGCUGGACCUUGGAAGAGUUCCUUGAGCAUCUAACGACAGUUCAAAAUAUUCAAGUGAUGAGACCAUCAGUAGCAACCAAAUCCAAGCAAUUGUACCUACAGAGCCCGCCACUGCUUGAAGAAGCUACUAGACCAAAUCUUAUGAAGACUCUUUCGUCGUUGAUCGAUGAGCAUGAAGAGAUGAUUUUAACAGAUCCAGCAUUACCUAUAACAAUGAAAUUGAUCGUCAAGUUCACAGGUUGA